GGAAUGUUCAUUGGGAAGAUUUGCAACAUCACUACGGUAUUCCACUGUCUAUCUGUUUGAUAGAUGCGUAGAUCGCCACAGGUUGCUGUGUCGACGUGUCCAUGUUGAUGGUUUAUGUCGCGUGUUGCCUGCAAACCCGACAGCUUGCCUUUGGAUAAACUUGUGAGUGGGAGUGUAUAUUGGAAGCUUUGUUUCACAUAUAGUACAUCAUCUGGACCAUUGUUCAAUGAUUAGGUAGCGGUUGCAUCCAGCAAGCUGGCAUACUUGUAAAAGGACAGCAUGGGCUGCCGCUGGACUUUUCCGUAGAGCCAAACCACACAGCAAGUCGACUGGACAGGAGAGCAGAGCUAGCCCCCGAGGCAGGCUAAAGCAGUAUUCCUCCUCAAGAUACCCAGCAUGGCAAACCCUGCUCCCCAGCUCCACCCUCCCCCCAAACCCCUCCCCCGAACCCAGACUGCCCUCCUCAACCCUGUAGCUGAGACCACCAAGGAGACCAGCAGGGACACAGGGGAGGAGAGAGAGGGAUCAAGUGUGUGGAGAGAGACAGCAGGCGAGGAAAACAGGAGGGAAGAGAGAACCACUGAGUCAGAGGUGUCUGUGUCUCUCGAGGAGCCAGCUGGCUCAUCAGAACGAGAAGAGUCUUUAAGUGAGGAGGCCGAAGCCAAGGAGAUGGCAGCCAGAGAGAGGGAACUGCAGAGACAGCUCCUGGCCAUACAAGAGCUGGUCCACACUGAGAGGAACUACCUGAGGCAGCUGCAAGUCUGCACGGUCACCAUCCGCGCCAACCUUCACAAAAUACAGCCUCCACUGGCCAACCUGGACAGCAUGUUCCUGUACAUAGAGGAAGUGAUGAAAGUCUCCAGUCGCCUCCUCAGCCUGUUGGACCAGCACCAAGGGCAGCUUGGAGAGCCCUUGUACCUGAAAACACUCUGUGACGCGUUCCUCAGCCUUUCCACAGAGAUAGAGGCAGCUUACAAGGAGUACCUGGCUAACUACAGCAACGUGACCACGCUGGAGAACUCCUACAAGCAGAAGGAAGGCCUCUGGAACGAGGUCGUCAGAGUCAUUAAGUCCUCUGCGCCGGAGGUCAACGCCACGUCGCUAAGUUUCUUCUUGGUGAUGCCAGUCCAGCGUAUAGCCCGCUACCCCCUCCUGCUCCAGACCAUCAAGAAGCACACCGAGCCGGGCCACUUUGCCUACGACCUGCUGGAGAACACCGCCCAUACAGCCAUAGCACUCAACUGCAAAAUCAAUGAGUACAAACGCUUCAGAGAAGUGGCGGACAAAUACAAAAAGACGGAGACCUUGACUAUCAAGGACAAGAUUGUUCGUCUGAACAGCCACAGCAUAGCUAAGAAGACUGCCCGGCUCAGCCAGUUCAUAAAACACGAGACUGGGAUAGCUGCAAAGCUGGUGGACGAGGAGUUUGAUGCGCUGGAAGGAUUCUUCUAUAUGCUGGAGAGUGGCAUCACUGAUCUCUAUGACAACGUGGAGAACUUCGUCCAUAAUUUACAGAGGUUUCUUGCUUGUAGACCAGAGGAGUUUGACUUGGACCUGGACGGAGAGAAGUCUGCUAUUUCCUACAAAGAAAUAUCUACUGCAUUGAGACAAUGGAUUCUUCCGACAUUUGAGCACAGGAUGAGGAGCCUCAUAUUCAAGCCCCUGUGUGCCCUGCGAGACCUGCUUGUUGGGCCCAGGAACUUGAUCAGGAAACGCCUGGACAAGCUGCUUGACUACGAGCUACUGGAGGCUAAAGGCAGCCUCAGCUACGAGGAACAGGCUGUGGCCAAUACAUACAGGACCAUCAACACGCUGCUCCUUAACGAGCUGCCCGUGUUCAACGGACUGGCCCUGCAGCUGCUCUGGGGCAUGCUGGAGACCUUCAGCUGCCUGCACAGAGACCUGGCCUCGGACAUGAAGCAGCUCUUCCAAGGCUUCGCCCAGCAGCUCCCUCACAGUGCUCUGGAUCAUGGUGCAUUCUGGGAGUGGGCGGAUGCAGAGGUCUUACAGGGAGUGCUGAGGCUGGACAGUCUGUGUAGGAAUGUGCAGGACCAGCUCAAUGCUCCCAUUGUCCAGCCUCUCAGCCCGUCGUCCCAGCGACGGCUCAAGCUCCUCACAGAGAAGCACGGCCCUGGGAAGAUCUACCAGGUGAGCAGCCUGGUGGUGGGCUCCAGGGACCUGGAUCUGAGCCUGGGCCGGGGGGAGCUGGUGGCCAUCCUCAGCCAGAUGGACACCAGGGGAGAUCGCCGCCGCUGGCUGGUCGACGCCGGAGGUCCCAGAGGGUAUGUUCCUGCGUCCAAGCUGCUCCUCUACCACCAGGUCUGCCUUGACCCUCCCACCUCUCCCCACCUCCCCCUGCCCACCAACCAGGGCAAGGUCCGCAGACACUCGUACGCUCCGGAUGCCAGGCCAAUGGCAGGCAACCUGAAUUACUUCCAGGUGUUUGCGGCCUACGACUUCACAGCGAGGACCAAUCACGAGGUGUCCCUUGCGGCCGGGGAGCCAAUCAGAGUGUUGGAGCAGCAGGACAAGAGAGGGAACCCCGAGUGGAGCCUGGUGGAGGCCAGGGGCAAGCGAGGUUACGUACCCUCCAACUUCCUGGCUUUCCUGCCCUCCCCCGCGUUGACGUCAUCAGCCUGCGCCAACGCCCCCUGUCACUAAAGGUUGUGCUGGAGAAGCCCUUGGUGGGAGCCCACUGCCCUUCACCUCAACCCCACCAGCACAUCCUCCACGAAGGAUCACUCGGUGGAUUGCCAGCUUGUGUAUAUGUGUGUGUGCGCAGUCAGUGGAUCGUCGACGUGGAGCGUAGAGGGGUGGGUGUGUGUGCGCGUGCGUGCGUGUGAGCCUGGGCGUUUGUCGGUGUGAAGCGCUGCUUCUGCCUGCUGCUUAGUCACGCUCCUCCAUGCCCUGUCGCAGCCUCGGCCCUGAGUCCCAGAGAGACUGCGGAGACCGCGAGGCCUCUGUCUGACGGAGUACUGUUGCCCAGGGGCGUCGGAGGAGACACGGACUGUCGGAUGACCAAGCUCUCCUGCUCACCCUCAUCAGUCUGUCUGCAUCUCUGUGCCCCCCUUUUAUCUUUGGAUCUUGCAAAUGUGUUGAAGUGGUCAACAGAUGUAUGUGUUUAUGAAAAACCCAGACCUCUCAGUGAUGCGUUCUCUGCUGCAGGUCGAUGCAGGUACAGACAAGCAUAUACACACUGUUAUAGCAUCUUCAACCUCAGCCAAUGUAGCGGUAGCAAAUAUGCUGUCACACUUUGGCAUGACUGAAACCUCCUCUCAAGAGCUCUUUAAAUAUAGCUGUUUGUUCCAAGAAAUGCUCUGCGUGCGCUGUGUGGUUACCAAACCAGUUACAUCACUAGCUUAUAGAGCAGUCUAGCACUGCUGUACUGCAGUCAGCAGCAUCUGAUUGGUCCAGAAGUCAGUGUGUGGGAAUAAGAGGACUCGACGUUCUGAUCCGUCCCCCUCGGCUGUAUCCGGGCUGUGCGGCGGCAGGAUAAGGCUGUCAUGUUUAAGAUGGCCACUAGGGGAGGGCCGAUGCCAGCUCACUGCCUCACCACAGCGCCUGCAUUACCUGAGCCAGUAUUGGUGCUUACCUAAGAAUGUUGCACAACCUCAAAUGUAGUCUCUCGCAAGAGCUGUUUCGUGUUGCCUACUUGUGUUCUUUGGAUGAAGAUCAUGAUCUUAAUGAGAAUGUGUCAUAUUGUGCAAUUGUCUUGAAGGUGUUUUGAUGAUGACUCAUUGUAUUUAUUGAUUUUGUUGUUGUUGUAUAUUUCUCUGUCUAACCCAGGGCUGUUUUACAUGUCCAUCCGAGUGAUGGGAGUUACAAUAUGAAGGUGAAAUGACUCAUACUUUGCCGGAGAUAAAUAUAGGAGGUAAACCGGCAGUGCGUUUUCUGUAGUUUGGUUAAUGCUGAUAUGUGCAGAACUAACUGUUCCCUCCCGUCAUGUUGAAGUACAAGGCUAGAACAUGUACCUCUAUUUUUGGUGUAUUUUGGAGAAAGGGCAGCCUGUGUCGAUGGCGCAUCGGAGGCGGUUCGGAGGCAGAGCUUUCAGUGACGGAGCACUACGAGGAGGGGUAAUGAAGCGAGAGCAAUGGCCGGAUGCUUUUAGGGUUGCACUUAUCACGACAGUGCUGUCGGUGUGUCGGAAUACCCUGCACGACUAACAUAGUGGUUUGGAUGUGCGCUCACUGUGUGCGUCAGGGUUCGUCACUGCCGUUAACGUGGGCUCGCCUGUCAGCACCGAUUGAAUUCCAAGCCCCCCCCCUGCAGCGAUCUAUACCCUCAGCAUGACAAAGACCCACGGAUCUAAAAAUACUUUUCCCUCUCCCCACCGGUCUAAAAAUAGCCCACUGUUGUUGGUUGGUCGGUUCUCCAUCCCACUCACCAGUCUCCCCCUGCUGGCCACGGUGUGAAGUUUUUUAUGAUCAUUUUCCGAUACUAUAAACUUCCUCUGCAAGGCAGUUAAUCCUCUCUCCCUCGUUCUUGUUCUCCGAGCGUGUUACCAGGAGAGACGCAGGAUCGAUACCGGUUGUCUUGCUCGAUGGUCUGAGCAAGUGUUGCCAAGUAAGAUACGUAGUCUGCUGUAGAACUGUUCCUGUGUUGGAAACGGACUGUGUCCCUUGGGCCAGAAGAGUCCAGACCAGCUACUCACAUACACACACACGAUCACACACACGAUCACACACACACACGAUCAUGUGUGUCAGGCCAGAUGGCAAAUUUAUGGCCGUGUGUGAAUUCAUAGUUUGUUUUUCAGCAGAGGGCUGCCAAGGCGGGAGAGGUUCACAUCUGCAUCCUUAGAGCUGGAAGAUUUUUUUUUUUCUUCCCUGGAAGUAUUUCCCCCCCUCACCCCCACCCCAUUUCACACACACUCGCCCUCUCUCCCUGCCUCUCGCCCUCUCUCCCUGCCUCUCUACUUGCCCUUGAAGCAGUCUUGUAUUUGCAUGCCUAGGUCUUAACGUAAGAACUGCUUGUGCGUGCGUGCGUUCAAAGGAGGACAGACCUUUCAAAGCCGCGCCACGGAAAUAACCCUGGUCUUUGGAGGGGUCUAAGCCCGGGCUGCAUUUGGGAACAGUUUGGCCCAUGUUGUGGUGCUUCUAUAGGAGUCAUCAGCUGAUCUCUGCACACAACCCCAUUUGAGUUUUAACAAUGGCUCAUCCAGACUAGCAUUGCAGAGGGCUGUCCUGGUUCAUUACCGGAGCUUAAGAUAGUGCUAAGCUCAGCGACAGCUACAGGCUGGGCACCACGUGAUCCUCUGCCCCCAGAUAGCCUCUCAGCCCUGCAGCAUUCUCCACGGGCUCCACCUGGAGACACAGGCAAGCUCCAGCCACUAACACUUGAUGCCCUGUGUGUGUGUGUGUGUGUGUGUGUGUGUGUGUGUGUGUGUGUGUGUGUGUGUGUGUGUGUGUGCGCGCGUGUGUUACCACUUGCGUUGGAAAUAUAUCAUGUGAGUGUGUGAAAUCUCAACCUGUAUAGAUUCUGGGGGUCCAUUGGGGGUUUGAGGGAUUGUAUGCCGUUUAAUAUUCCAGCCAAUCAUCUGUUCGGUUCUGCUCACGUUCAGUGAUUCCUUCUAGAUAUAGAUGACUCAGACUGAUCAGCUCACCCUUCAAAUUCAAUCAUUUAUGUCCCCCCCACACACUGCAUUGAAUUUACAGUGAAAGUCGGUUAACCUCUGAUGAUUUCCAUAGUGCUUAGCAGGUUGUUGACCAUGGCAGAUAAAGGACUAGAUUGUUCUCUGGAGAAGUGGGUGCUCCAAAUUGAAACUCAGGUGGGUGACUAUCCUGUAUCGCUGUUUAUCCCUGAGUCCGUUUUCAAAUGAAAAGGCAAAGCUGCCCCCACCAUACUCUGUUUGAAGAAAUGUAAAGAAAUAAAUUCUCCACUUACCGCCUUUCACCGAUGUCUCUUCAGUAUGUUUCUCUUCACUGUCCCUAAAAGGUAGCACUGGGAUGCCAAUCGUGUUUUGUGUGUUUGGGGGCAGGUGGCAGGUUGCCAAGGGCUGGCAGUAUGUCACAAGCUAGCCAGCCAUGUGACUGGCCAGGCGCAGGGUGUAGGGUGACAGCUCAAGGUCUACCGUGUGUUUCACAGUCAACACCUCUUCCUGCCAUGCGCCAGGAGACACUGUUCAGACUGGAUGUUACAUUCUGCCUGUAAGCCCCCCCCCCCCCCCCCCCCCCCUUCACACUAGUGUGCCCUUUAACUCACAUACACACACACACACACAUUACUGGCCCUUUCCUGUUCCUCCCUGAAUUAAUCUUGUAAACAGGGCCUACCCGAUACAAGGCUGCCAGACUUUGAAUCUGCUGUACUUGAGGGGGCCAGGCAUAGGCUAGCAUGGGUGUGAGGAAGACCCAGGUACUGAGACCGAGGUGAGUAGGGUUGUCUGUGUCAUACACUACGUGAAAGCACCAUGCAUUUCUGCCCACCUGGAUGGCCUACAGACAAUAUUGCGAUGUUCUGUUCACGCUCCUGCUACCUCGAAAUCAUCUUUAGAAUACUUUGUAUGACACUCCACAUAUCAAAGUGAAAUCAAAGCAUUGGGCACACUUUACAGCUGAUAUAUAUCAAACAGCAGGUGUCAGGUUAGGGUUUGGUGGGAUCGUUUAAAGGCAUUUCGUUUUCAGGAGCUCAUUCCUGUGCGACUCUUUAAACUGUCAAACCUCGUGUGUUGCUGUUGUCUGUCGGAGAGAACUAUGUAGAACAGGGAGAGCAAAAGGAGAGAUCCAUGAAGUGCUUUGCCAUUCAAACAGGAACUAGCAGUGUUUUAAUUAUCUGUCUGUAAUACAUUUUGCUCUACAUUUUGUCUUUGCCAAUAAACUAAUGUAAUAUUCCCAUGUGAGAUGCAAUGUUUGUGUCCUGUCAUCUGUGUCUACAAUGGAGCCAGAAAAACAGCAUCACUUACACCCCCACAAAAGGAACUGAACAUGUUUUUUUUUUAAGAUUGUCCAGGAGAAUGGUGGAUGUAAGUAUAUGCAUGACAAUCAGCAACAAACAUGCUUUACUGCAUGUGGCCAUAUCACUCUAUCCUAUAUAUGCCACUGUGUGUUUUCUUCCAUGUUUUAUGUGAUGGAAAACAGGCAGCAGUUUGCUGCUCAGUAGGCUGAAGGAGAUAAAUCACAAAUCCACUGAGGGAAAGACAUGUGUAGGGUGACAAGCAGGAUCCCCACACGCGCUGACCUGUUAGUGUCUGAGGAGCAGCUUAACCCGAGCAAGGUGAUCUAACGACUAAUGUAUGCAUGCUGUCUGAUGCGAGCAUUCAUACACCACGGCCUCACACGGUCCACAAACACUGCACAGGUUAGAUACUUUGUAUUUUAGAAAAUGUUCUUGAUUACUUCACCCCGAUUCACUGGUUGUUUAAAGCCGUAAUUUUCCCAACCUCUGCCCCGACGGCAGUAAAAGCGAGUAAGUGGUGAUUCGUCUUCCGCCGAGACAUUGUUAUUGCCAUUCAAUAAAAAUUCUGUCAAUAUAGUGUUGACAUGCAGGUCUGCUCCACACUCACUGUUACAGUACAAAGCACUCACCCCCAAAGAGAGUCACAACACUGGUGUGUGGAAAACAUGGACGCACAUUUCUUCCCAUGGUAUGUAAACACUGCAGCCCACAGUGGCAUUCACAUGGACACACAGUCACUGUUUGUAUUUCAGACACUCUUAAUUCGAGAAAGGUCAUGUUCAAUCUUAAUGCCUACAUAUUUUUUUAUUUUUUUAUUUGAAACAGUAUGUUUCAACAAACUUUAAACAAUUUAGAUGAAAGAUUUGUUUGUUUUUUCACGUUGGCAAAUUAAUGCUAUUUUUUGGAUACAUUGAAAGGUUUGGGUAACCAAGUUGUCUCUUUGGAGGUCACGGUGCUCCCUUCACUUUCAUAAGCUGAAGAUUGUUAUGGCAGGAGUGCUGUGGCAGCCUCAUGGGAACAUCAAUUUCUGAAACAGCCACACAUUUUAACAUCCGAGUGUGAGGAAAAUGGCACACUACCUAACCCCUACACCAUCUAGGGAAUGCGUGUGUUUGAGAGAAAGGGAGGUAGGGUCGAGGCAUGGGGUGUGCAAAAGGGGAACGUGUUCUUCUAACAGACCGCCUUCCCUGCUCCCCAGCCUCCUAGAGAGGUGUGUUUGGUUCUAUCUCCUUGUAUCUGUUUCUCAUCCCCUCUCUAAAUCCCUCUCUCUCCCCCCAUAGCAGCAGGAACAGCUGCCCUGCCUGACUUCCGGCCUGUAUUCCAAGGUUGCCAAACAGUUCAAGGCUACGAUAGAUAAUAACGCUGACCCACGCUGAAUGCUGCAGUAAUAAAAAUGAUGUGUGGCAGAAUACUGGGGACCAAAAGAAUCUGAAACCUUACAGGGGUCGGGCCUGCAGAGGUCAAGACACAGAUGGGGGUCAAACCUUGUAGGAUGUCAUCAGGAUCAAACCCUAGUCCUCUAGGAUCUAUUUUGACGGUACUACCAGCCCCCUGUUGUCCCUUGUCAUCACUGAAGUGACUCUGGCAGCACCCAAAGUCUUGUUUAACGACUUGCAGAAUGAUAUAGUCAUAAACACUCGUUUCACUUGCCACAUAAUCCCUGAGCCAGAUGAAGGGAUUUUAGGCCCUAAUCCUUCUAUUUAGAGGUAUUUUGUGAGGAGGGAUCUCUGGAUGCAGGUGGUCUGUUCUCACACACAUUCACACGUUCUCAUGUACUGGACAAACCCAGACACUUCUACUGCAUGCUCUGUUUUAGGUAUAAACCUUAAUAACUGGUGUAAACCAUGUUGACAGUAUUAACAAUCAACAUACAUGGACCCAGUGAGGCAUUUAUGCAGACCGGAAAGUAUGAGUUUUAAUCCUACUUUUGAAAAGACCUUUCACCAUGUAAGGGUAUCAUUCUGUGCAGGGCUCUAAGUUGUAAAACCACUAACAUUCAAUAGGGCUGCGUCUUAACAAAUCACCUCCAUUAUGGAAACCACAACUGUAAUUAUAACUCCUUCAGGAAAAUGAGAAUCUUUGAAGCAGGACCAUGUUGAAGUGACAUUCUUCUACAAUGAUUGUAUUUUGAGAAUAUUUUUUAUCUCAACUGAGGAAUUAUUUGGCUCCCAUAAAGUCCAAAUAUAUUCCUGUGUAAGCAAACGUUUCCUUGUUUGGCCACAGAGAUGUCCUUACCUCAAUGAUGACAGUGGAUUUGUUAAGUGUAUGAAGACACAUGUUUCUCUCCAGACCACCGAGAGGCCUGCACUCUCUCCUACACGUCCACGUAAUACCGAUGUUAUAUCAAUUCAAGUAAAACUAUUUCCACCCAUGUAAGAAGACAUAUUUUUUUCGACACUUUUAGGAUGACCAUUCUUCAAUCAAGGAUACCGUUGAAUAAAGAUCUAUGAAAUUAUAAUCAGUCACUCAAAUUGUUCCUCUUUUAUUUAUGUUAAAAGAUUUAAUGCCGUUUUUAAAUGUUGUAUUUGACAAAGUGAGACAGAGAGUUUAAGCAUUAAUACAUAAGAUUAUCAAAUACAUUAUAAUU